CGUUAUGUGAAUCUAAUGACUACCCUUCAACGCGGGAGUCGCACGGUUCUCGCCCUUGACACUGAACUCUUUUGAGUCCUGUUAUUUUGGCGCAAUGGCAUUCUACUCGUUGCCAGUACUUUUGCACUGCUCUGCUGCCGCCAUCAUGGUCUGGGGCUUCCGUUGGCUGAACCAACUCCCGUUCUCACCAAAGCAAUAUGGCUGGCACUAUCCUGCUCUGACGGUCCUAGGGCUUCAUGUCGCGUUUCUAGCGAUGAUCGUAGGGCUACUCGUGGAUUUCGUGCCUUCACUCAAAGGUAAAUCCUUGAGGACACUCAAGCGCGCUUUAAUCAUGAUUGCCAUGCCGGUUGAAGCCGUGAUAGCUUCGAUCUACUGGACAUUAAUCAUAUUUUUCCCAAACCUCAUAAAAAUGAAGGCUACUGCGGAUGGCGCACCCAUACCGUUCCUCCCGUUAUCCGUUGAUCUUUCCUUGCAUGCGGUUCCAGGUAUCGCACUUGUCGCCGAUUUUCUUUUACUGGAGAAGAGAUAUUCUCGACGGACCGUCGCGCACUACUCAAUUCCUACUGUGGUAGUCUGUACAGCCGCGUAUGGCGCUUGGGCAGAAUGGUGUGCUAGUAUUAAUGGUUUCUUUAUGUAUCCUUUUCUCACGGACAAUCCUUUUGCGAUACGACUCGCUAUAUAUGCUGGCGGCGCUAGUGUUGGAUAUUUAUCCUUUAGAGUACUUAACGCCAUCCAUUCUUAGCCAGUUCAUCUACUAUCACCUGAUACUUGAUAUAUAAUUGGUCUUCCAUCUUCUAACACAGCUAUAGAUUUGCUUGAACCAUUCCGUACUUCCUUUCCAAGAAAAGGGAUAAUUCCAUUGCUAG